CUUCAGCUUGUUGUUCCGUAAACAGUUAGAAAGAGGGCUCGGAAAUGUCACACUAACAGCCAGAUAAACAGACUACACACGCUGUUUAAAGCUUGGUGUAGUUCACCCUUGCCGUUUUAAUGUAUUUUGUACUGUUUUCUGUUCUGGCUUUUCUAUCGAGAUGUCAUUGUUUGACCGAGAAAGUUGAAAAGAAUGAUAACCACUGUGGUCUCUUGAAGCAGCUGCUCGAAUCCACAUCACUUGCAGUGGAAAUCAACAAGAAGGGUCUUCACAGGGAGGUGGUCACCACGGUGGAGCUCAGCCCUGGUGAGCUCAGUGGUGUCAGAGCUUUGCUGCUUCAUAGAUGGCCCAGAGGUGUCUUCGUCGAUCCGUACCAACUCGCGUCUCUGAGGGAUCAAAGUGACUGGCAGAUAUUAGUAGAUUCAGCCAUUGACCUCGAGGUGCCUGCUCACAAGGCCUCAGGAUUUGUCACCUAUGUGUAUCCUACUCCUGAUGGACCAGCUCCAAGGCUGCUGAAAGUAACUAUUCCCAUACAUGGUCGCUACCAUGAGCCUUCUUUUGAUGGGAAAACGCAGACAUCAGUUGACAUAGAGCCUCCAGAGCUGCUGCUGCGGACUGAAAAAUGUACACAGCUCAGAGCCUUAGAGCCUCAUACUGUCGUCGACGCCCCCUGUACUCCUGACAAUUCAAGCAUAUGUUCAUGGGUUAAACUCCAGCAUCAGCAGGAUCAAGGCCCAGUGAGUUUACAGUUUCCAGUUGGUGACGGGUCUCUGGUGAUGCCUGUCUGUGGUGGAACUCUUCUAGUCACGAUGAUCUGCUGUGCAGAGCUGUCAAAGUACAUGUGGAAACAUCAAAUCAUUUAAACUGUGAUGGUCAGCGUAGCAUAUUUUAAAGAGCUCAUGAGUAUCUAAUUAUACAUCUUUGUCUGAUGGUAGGUUUAAUUCUGGCAUCACUCGGAUCAAAGUCAAACAGCACUUAAUCCUCUGAGGUGACACAAACCAAGUUCAUGUCUAUUAUUCAGUCCAGGUUCCUGGUGUGACUCUGCAUUCAGUUGACCUUGUUCUUGAAAUAGGCCUCAGUUACUGUAAGUCAGCAGCUAAAUCUUUGUGUUGGUUAGUCCUCUAAUUUUUUGUUCAAAAUGUUCUGUUUUUCUUGGAUCUGUCAUCUGAACAUUGCCCUGAACGAUGAAACACUAUUUUUAUUUAUUCAGACACUUACCUCAAGAACAUCUGUGGCCAGACAUCUUUUAUCCCAACUGCAUUUUAAAUUUAAACUCCCAAGUGAUGCAAAGCAAAGAUCUGUGUUGAUUUUUGUUUUGUUGCACUAAAGACCUGUCUUGUACUGGCAAUAAAGUGUUGCUCUACUGUGUUAAAACUCU